GCCUUGGGACUCUAAAGACAUGGAUGACAGCUGUGGUCGAAUUCCCAAGUGCCCUUUCUUUGGGUAUCUCUUAUCCCCUUCCCCCCCUCCUUUUCGCUCUAUGUUACAAAACAAAGGCAUAAAUUUCUCUUCUUUUUUUUUCUUCUAUAUGGGUUUGUUAUUUAUUGUAUAUACAAAGUUUCUUUUCUCCUUUAUUUGUGUACUGGCCAGUUUUGUUUUAUGUGAUGGGGUGUUAGGAAUUCUCUCUGUUUUGCAGGUCGGGGUUAAGGUGGUAAUGUGAUGUGCUAAGUGGGUUUUUGUUCUUUCAUAAUUCUGCAAUGGAUUUGCCUUUUGAGGGAGGCCCUCUUGAUCCGUCAACAAGCAGCAAGUUAAGUAUUAACGAAAAGAGAGAACUUGUCUAUCAAUUAUCAAAGUGGCCAGGUGCAUCUGCAAGGCUACAGUCAUGGAGCCGUCAGGAGAUUCUGCAGAUCCUAUGUGCUGAGAUGGGUAAAGAAAGAAAAUAUACAGGAUUGACAAAGUUGAAAAUCAUAGAGCACCUAUUGAAAAUUGUCUCUGAAAAACAAUCUGGGGAUUGUGAGGCCUCACCUGACCUUGAGACUGAAACGUCUCUUGCAUCCACUCAUAGAGCUUCCAAAAGACAGAGGAAAACUGAUAACCCAUCCCGAGUACCUACUCCAUUUAACUAUUUUGCAGCCAGCAAUGGGCUCGGUGAUCAAGGCAAUACUGUAUACUGCAAAAACUCAGCAUGUAGAGCUAUCUUAAGACCAGAUGACACAUUUUGCAAGAGGUGUUCGUGUUGUAUCUGUCAUCAGUAUGAUGACAACAAAGAUCCCAGCCUGUGGUUAAUUUGCAGUUCAGAGCCUCCUUUUCAAGGUGUUGCAUGUUGCAUGUCAUGCCAUCUUGAUUGUGCCUUAAAACAUGAAAGUUCUGGCAUUGGGAAAGAUGGACAUCAUGGGAGACUUGAUGGGAGCUUCCGCUGUUUUGCUUGUGGGAAAGUCAACGAUCUGCUAGGAUGCUGGAGAAAACAAUUGAUGAUGGCUAAAGAUACCAGGAGGGUGGACAUUCUUUGCUAUCGUGUGUCCUUGAGUCAGAAACUUCUGAAUGGGACUGAAAAGUAUCAAAAACUUCAUGAGAUUGUUGAUGAAGCUGCAAAGAAGCUAGAAGCUGAAGUGGGUCCGUUAAUUGGCUUACCUGUAAAGAUGGGUAGAGGUAUUGUCAACAGGCUUUCUUCAGGACCAGAGGUUCAGAAACUCUGCACUUUAGCUUUGGAGACACUGGACAGAAUGCUUUCAAACACCAUUUUGCAUCCGUUGCCUGAUCCAAAUAUGCAAGAUUCAAAAAUGAUUGCUCCAGUCACAGUCAACUUUGAAGAUGUACUUGCAACUUCCCUUGCUUUGGUUCUGAGUUCUGAAGAUUCUUCAACUGAUGAUAUUGUUGGUUAUACCUUGUGGCAUCGUAAUGGUCAUGAUCUGGAUUAUCCAGCAGAACCUACUUGCAGACUGUUCUUACCAAACACAACAUAUGUUGUCGCAGGUCUAUCUCCAGCCACAGAAUACCAUUUUAAAGUUGUUCCUUUCAAUGGUGUAAGAGAAUUGUGCAUGUGUGAAGUUCAGUGCUCAACCAGCUCGACUGGCAUUACUCAGGACGAAGUCCCAAACUAUUCAAUAGUUGAAAGAAGUCAAAGCCCAAAUACCAAUUGUAGCAGCUUCUCUAAUCCAUCCUCUGUGGAGGAUGAAACAAAUAACAAUCCACCAUGCAAUGAUCAGACUGUCAACCGAGCAGACAAUUAUCAUUCUUAUUCCAAGGACACUGAUAAAAUUGUUUCUGCCAACAAAUCUAAUGGUGCUUUAAAUAGCUCUGACGUCCUAGCAGAUGCAAUUCCCUUGCUAGACGUGGAACAUGCUACACAGAUGGUAAGCUCGAAGCUCAAUUCUGAUAUGCAAAUGCUUGAUAAGAAGCGCUUGUCAGAGAACCAAAUCAUUGAGGAGAUAAUUACAGAUAAUGGGUCAGAUACCCCUGUUCAAAUUGCCAUGGAAAGCGUGCCAUUUGUGAGAAACUCUGAAGCUGGCUUGCCCAUUACUCCCUGCAAGCUGGAAAUGCUCAAGGAUGGGCAAGGAAGAAAUGGAAGGUCCAAAUCCAGCAACAAAGACAUGGUGAAAGUGUCUGGAAAAGGAGAGGAGCCCCAAUAUGGCAGCAAUUCGAAGAAGAGAAGUGGGGAGUGGCGAGAUGAGGAGUGUAUGGCAAAUGGUCAUUCAGACAGGGACUUUGAGUAUUACGUGAAGAUCAUCAGAUGGUUAGAGUGUGAAGGACAUAUUGAGAAGAAUUUCCGGCAGAAAUUCUUGACUUGGUAUGGCCUGAGAGCAACAGCUCAAGAUGUAAGGGUUGUGAAGACAUUCGUUGAUACUUUUAUUGAAGAUCCUGCUUCUCUCGCAGAACAGAUCGUAGACACCUUUUCAGAAUGUAUAUCCAGCAGCAGAUCAUCUGUUGUGCCAUCUGGGUUCUGCAUGAAGCUCUGGCAUUGACAACCUUUGACUAGGUUAAAUUAAGUCCUUGCGCGAAAGCCCGCCAAGGGACUGUGUAGCAGUAAUUCUUUAAUUAGACCCCAUUAACAUUCUUCACCAGACCAUCAUCAUUCACAUGUAUCACCAGCAUUUGUCAUUCUUGAGAUGUAAGAAUGCCAGAAUUCAUUGCCUUUUACAAUAUAGCAUCCAUCUCAUUCAUUAAUAUUUCCCCAAAAA